UUAGCCGAUAUAUCGAAUUAUUUAAUUUCAAAAUAUCCUUUAAAUUAUUACUGGUGGCUGUCGGGUUCCGAUCAAGAUGUCGAGGGUGCGUCCCAUAUAGUGAUGAGCUACAUUACUCACAAUGCAUAUUCUAAUUUACAAGAAGACGCCCCCGAUAAUAUAAAUAUGAAGCCAUUUGUUAAAGUGGGUAACAAAUAUUAUUAUUUUGGACAAACUCUGGUUACUUGGCAUAACGCCUACACCAUUUGUCGAAGUAUAGGCGGUUUUCUGGCCUCUUAUGAAAAUGCUCAGGAAGCAGCACAACUAUCCAAUUAUUUGAAUUCAAAAUUUUCCACAAAUUAUAAUUCUUGGUUGUCCGCUUCAGAUCAAGAUGUCGAGGGUCAGUGGGCUUGGUAUAAUACUGGUCAAGUUAUUAUUUAUGCUGAGUGGGCCCCAGGUCAACCGGAUAAUUGGAGAGGUAAUGAGAAUUGUGCGCAAUUCUUGAAAAAGAAUGGAAAGUAUAUGUUGAAUGACAUAAAUUGCGGAUUGCGUCAGUAUUAUAUUUGUGAAGCUGAAAACCCCAAAUUGGCAUCUAUUGGUGUAUAUUAAUUAGAUCUUUAUAUUAAAUACAAUUGCUUAAUAUUUGCCAAAUAAAUCAAAAUCGUGAUUCAAGUCUAUAUAUGAAAUGUGACAUAAGUCAUAAAAGAAGUUUGAAAUGCAGUUUUGUACAUACAUUGAACAU